UGCGCAUUGAGUAAUUGAUAUAUCCUCAAAAAAAUUUACGCAAUAUAUUUCGUAUUUUAAGCCUAAUCUGUAUAAAGAAAAAAGAAGGCUAUUUACAGCAGCACUGAUGAGACAAGACAAUACAUAUAUGUCAACCCUGACAUGUUGAGAAGCAAUAUGGUAGCAGUUUGAUACCUCGGAUCCUUCCUGCUUGAACAACUUUCUUCAGACACAUUGGAAAAUGCAGAAAAAUAAAAAAGAGACCAUAGCCAGGUUGGCAUUUAGUAUGCAGGCAACCAAAUUGCUCCAUUUCGUGAACAUUGACCAACUUGUCCAGGCCCAACUGUGGAUGGUCGGGAAAACAAAAGAGGAAAAGCGGGAAUUGGUGUCAACUGAAGUCAAUGGCAGUGCUGCCCUCUUCCAUGCGUGUCAACAUGGUCGGCUUAGCUUUGUUAAUUGGCUAAUUGAAGAUUGUGGAGCUAACAUAGAACAAGUAGGACGUUACCAUGUAGAGGAGGACCAAUCAGAUCAUAAGGUGACACCACUAUGGUGCGCCGCUGUCGCGAACCAUCUUGGUUGCGUAAAAAGUUUAAUCUGCCAUGGAGCAAACGUCAAUGCAACAUCAGACACGGAUUCGACUCCAGUCCGCUCAGCCUGUUUCAUGACGAAUAUUGAAGUCGUAAAAUAUCUCGUAGAAAAGGGCGCUGAUAUUCAUAAACCGAAUGUGAAUGGCGGGACGUGUCUGAUUAACUCCGUCCAGAAUCGUCACCUUUGUGAGUUUUUAAUUGAAAAAGGAGUCGAUGUUAAUGUUCAAGAUCAGUCUGGAAAUAUUGCACUUCAUUACGCUGUCAAAGAGAAUCGUUUAGACACUGUUAAACUACUAGUCGAAAGUGGAUCAAAUGUGCUUUUGGAGAAUAUGUUUCAUGACGAUAGUAUUAUUCUUGCUGCUGGCAAAGGCCUUACGACAAUCGCAGAAUAUCUUCUGAAAUGUGUGAAAGUUAAUGAUAUGCGCAUAAUUGACACAUACAAAUUGAUUGGAUGCUGUUUUGUGGAUGAACAGCAUGAUAUGUUGGGUGGCUGGAACAUGUGGCGAAAGGCAAUAGAAAUUCUGAAUGAAUCUAAAGACAAGGAACAAAUCUUAUCACAGCUGAGACACAUCGAACCUCUUGACGUAUAUAACGAUGAAACAGAGGUGUGUACUAAGGAUGACGUGGCAAGAAUUGCUGAAGAUCCAGACCUAACUUACAUGCAGUCUUUGGUCAUGAGAGAGCGGAUCCAAGGCCCAGAGCAUAAAGAUACAGUUUUCAGAUUGAUGUACCGUGGUGCCGUUUACGCCGAUUCGCACCAGUUUCAACGAUGCGUUGAUCUUUGGUUACAUGCUUGUACAAUGCAGUACACCCGCUUAGGGCCUUUGAACAUGGAAUCUCUUUUCACAUUGCAGGCAAUUUGUAAACUGUUCGUUGAAAUCAACACUGAGUUUAAAGAGAAGCGUACUACCGAGUUUGUGCAAUAUGAUGAUGUCAUGAGUAUUAUGGAAAUGAUAAUCAGCGAAGUGGAGUUGGGAGCAAAGUUGGUGGAUGUACGUCCUGUACAUAAAGAACUGCGCCAGCAAUAUGACAUGAAGUUAAAACUUUUGCUGCAUUUAAUAAAUCUUAUGAUUGACGUUGCAAAAUCUGAUUCGCAGGAUUUUGGAUUUAAACAAACUGUUCAUCGAUUGGUUAAGCUUAAUCCGGAGACAUCCAGUCAGGAUAACUUGUUACAUCUUGCUCUUGACGCGGAUUCUAGCUCUGUGGAGGAAACAAAAAUAUCUACGCUACCAUCUCUUGAGCUGACGGAACUAUUGUUGUAUUGUGGGAUGGGGUCACAAGUCAAUGAUGUGAACUCAUCGAAAAGGACACCGCUUCAUGUUUUGUGUUCGGGGAAAUUUCAGAGACACAAUCAAAAACUUUUGCAGUUGAUGCUAGAUUAUGGAGCUCAUGUCUGUUGCCGGGACGACAGUGGAAAGGCUACCUAUGACCUCAUAGGAUAUCGCACUCCCUUCCACUUGAAAAAACUGACAUUUCAAAUCAUCCCAUUUGAUCAUAUGAAUCUUAAAUGUCUAGCUGCAGCUGUUAUCAAAAAAAAUAAUGUUAGCUUUCGCGAGAACGAAAUACCUGCGUCUCUCAUAGAUUACAUCAAGUUGCAUUAGAAUCAGCUUAAGUCUCAUUCCUAGUGGUUCCCAUCCUUGCCAACUCCCUCUUUCCUUCCCUUCCCUCCCUUCUUCCUGACUUUCUCUACUAGGGACAUCACUCACCUAGAGAUUUCCUUGACUUGUAUAUAUCAACGCACUUGCAUGAUUCUCCUCUGUCCAGGAUUUAUCAGUCUUUCCCAAGAAUAUAUAUUGUUGAUUUAGUAAUUGUGUUAUUCAACUGCUCAUUAAAACACAGUAACACCUGUCGAAGUGGUACAUCUU